AUAUAUGUUGGGUAAAGGAGGAAAACGGAAGUUUGAUGAGCAUGAAGAUGGGCUGGAAGGCAAAAUCCUGUCUCCCUCUGACGGUCCAUCCAAGGUGUCUUACACCUUACAGCGCCAGACUAUCUUCAACAUUUCCCUUAUGAAACUCUAUAACCACAGGCCCCUGACAGAGCCCAGCUUGCAAAAGACCGUUUUAAUUAACAACAUGUUGAGGCGGAUCCAGGAGGAACUCAAACAGGAAGGCAGCCUGAGGCCCAUGUUCACCCCCUCCUCCCAGUCCACCGACGAGCUGAGCGACAGCUACCGAGAGGCCCCUCCGGCCUUCAGCCACCUUGUGUCCCCUCCCACCCACCCCUGUGACCUGGGAAGCACUACACCCCUGGAGGCCUGCCUCACCCCGGCCUCACUGCUCGAGGACGACGAUGACACUUUUUGCACUUCGCAGGCCGUGCAGCCCACGGCUCCUACCAAACUCUCACCUCCAGCCCUCCCGCCAGAAAAGGACAGUUUCUCCUCUGCCUUGGAUGAGAUCGAGGAGCUCUGUCCCACAUCUACCUCCGCAGAGGCCGCAGCAGCAGUGACUGACAGCUCGAAAGGGACCUCCAGUGAGUCCAGUGUCCAGAAACUUGAGGGGCCCCUGGAGAGCCGCACGGAUGACUCGAAACUAAUUGACUCUCUGCCUGGGAAUUUUGAAAUCACAACGUCCACGGGCUUCCUGACAGACUUGACCCUGGACGACAUCCUGUUCGCUGACAUCGAUACGUCCAUGUAUGACUUUGACCCCUGCACAUCUUCGUCGGGGACAGCCUCAAAAAUGGCCCCGGUGUCGGCUGAUGACCUCCUCAAAACCCUGGCCCCUUACAGCAGUCCGCCCGUCACCCCGAAUCAGCCUUUCAAAAUGGACCUCACAGAGCUGGACCACAUCAUGGAGGUACUCGUGGGGUCCUAAGACCCAGGGGCCCGGCGGCUGGAGCAUUCCCACCACCCCAACAACUCUCCGCACUGUGCAUGCACCCUUGCUUGCCUUUUUCAGAGAAAAAGAAAAUUUUACAAAAGGAUCACACUAGUUUUUGCUUUGAGCAGAGUUGGAGUGCCUUCAUCCAAGUAUGACCACUUUUAAUAUGCUUUUUUGAGUGGUUCCUCAGAGACCUACUACCCUGGAAUAGGAAAGAAUACAUUGGAAGACAAUGUUGCUAUGUUGAAUGACAAAAGUCAACAGUUCAAGUGAAGCACAAGGAUUAAGUUGGAAGAGCUGUAAAUUGCAUGUGCAUAUUUGUCUAUUUUUUCUAUAAGUUUUAUUGCAAGAGGUAAAGAAGAAAUAUAUAUAUAUAUUAUUUAGAUAAUCUCAGUACCUUUUCUGGCAUUUUCGCCCUGUAUAGGUUGACUUGGCAAUUAAGCCUUUUUAGAGGCAUUAACUACUCCUUGUAAGUGUUGCAUUUACAUGGCUGUUUAGAAAACUGCUGCCCAAAUUUAUUUUAUAUUUUUGUACAGAUUCUGCAGUUUAUGAUAUUGUUUUUCUAAAAACAAAUGCUGUUUAUACAUAUGAGAUAGCUAUUUUGAUAGGAUUUGCUCACAUAGUUCCUGCAAACUUCAGAUGUACAAGUUGCACUUGUACUUUUAUAGAGUUGUAAUGUUUUAUAUGUGUAUGGUGCAAGAGAAAAUUGGAUCAAAUCAAUCUGUAGUUGAUGUCCCCAGAUGCAAACACACACACACACACACACACACACACACACACACACACACACACAGCGCUUUAAGAAAGGGCCAGGUAAUAUCACACCCAGAUUUCACAAGCACCGACCCCCUGGCACCAACACCUGCCAAUACUGUGACUUCCAAAGCCAGAGCCACAUCUGCUCAUCAAACUUGCAUUAAGCCGUUGGCGGAGAUGGUUGUGGAGCUCGGGGUUUAAGUGAUGGUUCGCUUUAGCUUCCUCUUUUGAGAGGAAGACUACUGUCGUUCUUAAGAGUGUAUUUAUGCCAAGCUUGAGCUUUUAAGUGUUUUUAUUUUUUUAAAUGAAAACCCAGGUCUUUCCAUUUUGGCAUAAUUUUUAUGAUGACCUGAAAUUUUAACAUCCGAACAAAAUUUUAUGAAAAGCAACCAACCUCUUCAUGGAACUAAGCCCUAUUGCAAUCCUUAGGGCUCUUAGGGAAGAAAAUCUCCCCCAAAGGCAUCCAUCAUGUUGCUAAAUUGUCUUUUGCAGCUUCCCUUCCCCAGAGCUUUUGUUCCCUCUGUUGCUAAGAGCUGAAAAUGGCAUCUUCGUGAUCACCACAGUGAGCUCGGCUUCCCUCGGCCGGCCCGGGAUGCACUCUCACCACAUCCGUGACUCUUGAACCUGGAGUUCGUCACGUGACAUCACAGCUUUCCAUCUGGUUGCUUUCUUAAAUUAACUGCUUUAACUACACUUUACAAGGCUGUUUCACCCAAAAACAGAGACAGGACUUUCUAUGCAUGUUUCCCCUACACACCCCCCCCCCCCCAGGACACACUUGAGAAGUAGCUUUUUAUUCCUAGUGGUGUACAUUUAAUUUUAAAACGUUUGCAAUGUAUCAUGCUUGUUGCCGAAAUUGUUUAUGGCCUUUCGUUUCAGUUUUUUCUUUCUUCCAAUGGUACUUUAGCUGUUGAGUGCAGGUUACAACCUAUAUUGUUAUGCAGAUGGCUUCUUUAGGAAUAACUUUUAUAUUUAUUUAAAAAUUUUUAAAUUAUGGGAUUUUGUUUUUGUUGUUGUUGUUGUCUUUGUUGUUGGUCAUUUGUCAAUAUUCAGUCACCAGUUCUGCUCACUUCUUGCCAUGGAUAAAAUUGGGUCUUUCUGGCUAAUUACAAAAACAAAACAAAACAAAACUUUAUAAAUGGCACUUUAAACAAGCCAUAGUUAGUUUUAUUUUUAUAAUGCACAUGGCAAAGCAAAUACAUUUGUGAUGAAGGAACUGCUCAUCUAAGCAAAAUCUUCAAGUAUGAAAGGAUAAAAAUCUUUCUGCAUUCUAAUGUACUUUCCCCCCACUUGAGUGUGUUUUAAAGGCUAAUUAUCAACUCAGCACAGCAGUGAGAAACUGAUCAAAUUGCACUUGUUCUCCUACAGGCAACCUCCACAGACACCUCUUACUGCUACAGAUAUGUCAUUUCCUUUGAUAGGACCAGGGACCAUAUAAUGAAGGUGAGGGUUGUUGUAGAUGCUUCCAGUGUCACUGUGCCUGUCCGUUUCAAGAGCUUCCCUUGUAGAGAACAAGUCUACCCAGACUCCAUGCUUUUCAUAACUGGAGGACCUGGCGGAUCUGCCACAUGCUGCACUCAUCUACAUACGUACACGUACACAAUAGUGUUGACUCUUCCGAACAAUAACAGGGUAAAGCAGUUGAUUUGCCAUUGUUAAAAACUGAUUUACAGUAACUUAGAACAACUGUACUUUCGUUGGAUUAGCAAAUCGUGUGUUUAAACAAAUCCCAUAUGUUGGGCAACAGUUCAAAUAAGCACAGAGGAGUGUUGCCCAAACUUGGUUCUCUGACUCUCAUGUAUUUAUAAGGCUGGGCUUCAAAAUCAAAACAAAAACCCCAACAGCAGGCAACGCUUUUUAACUCUGAGACCCUUGCCGUAAGUCCUGAUACUCAAAAAAGCCUAACGAGAAAGACGUGGAAAACCAGUGGCCCAUUUUCAGAAAGAACAAAACCAUCAAGCAUUCAAAUUGUCUCUGUGUCCUAUUCUUACAGAGGGAUGUCCCAACAGGGAAGAGUAGGAGCUCGAGUGGAGCCUCCAAGUCCCAGCCCGAGUGUGGAACGUGCUUCCAGAUGCCACCUGGCAGCAGUGCCUUCCCCUUUACACGAGACAUCGCGUGGCAUCCAGGGCCAGGCAGGCAGCUCGAGGUGCCUUUACGAGAAAGAAGGGCUAGGGGCUGGGGCUGGAGGGGACGAUGAUUGACAUGAUGUGCAAUGAAGUGACAAGAUGAGAGCAGAAUCAUAAGAGCUUUGAAUUUGAAGUGAUUCUUUUUUUCCCAUAAGUUAUUUAUUCCUUGUUUCUGUGUAAAUAUAUUUAUUUUACUGUGGAGCGCUAACAACAUCUGGAUCGUAACAUGUGCAGAAUGUAUGGUAGGAAUGUAUUCUCUUGUAGGAAUGUAAAUCUGUAUUAAAAGGGGUCCAAGCCCGGCCCCCUGGGUCUUCUCAUCAUAUGCACAGUCCACAUUCAUUUUUACUCUCUCCUCUAAUAUGGGUCUAUUUGAAAUAUGCAAAAAGUAUGGGUGAGGAAUGCUUUAAUACCUCCAAAUUUUUAAGCAAAUCAAGCAUCAGAGGGUUGAUAUUUUUUAAAAAAUUUUUUUAGUAGCACUUUCUCUGGAUGACAGAAGGGGCAACGACACGGGCACCCUCGUUCAUACCAAAGGGUGAGAAACGCCAGGGCCUCCACUGCACCUCUCGAGUGUCGCUACCCAUUGAUUGAGCUUUGUGUCGCCAUAGCCCCUUGGAGUGCCCCAACUGCCCUGAGGUCAAUCAAGGAAAAUUUCUUACCUAAAUAAGCUCCAAAGAGCCAAAGUAUCAACUUACGGAUCGUUUUUAAAGCUUAAAUUUAUUAACCACCUUUGCGGUAAACAAUGAAUUAUGAAUACCGCAGGGCAGCCUUCUUAAAUGACAGAUGUGAAAAAAAAAAAGACUCUACUUUGUGUAGCGAUUGUUAUUCUACUCUAUAUGAGUUGUCUUAAUUUGAAAACCUUGCUGUUACCCAUUGGACCUUUAUACGUUUUCUGGAAAUACUGAAAAGAGCAUACUGAACCUGUUCUGGCUGUCAAUGGUUAACUUCCUGUAACUGCCGCCCCUGGAGGCACCAAGCUGUGUGCGUCUUGCUUAUGUACAAUUGUUGUCAAUGUUUCUAAGAAUGAGUCUGAAUGGUUCUUGAAAAUUAGCCAGGAUCAAAUGCCAUUGCAGACAAAGCCAAUACAAACGUUGGACUUCUUUUUGGGGAUAACAAGUUUGGAAGAGAAGUGCAGGCCAUAUGUGCGAACGACCAAGAUUUUGAAAAAGGUGUACAUAGUGACAAGUUUGGUGCAUGGUUUUUGAGGAGGGCUUUUGUCAAAAAGGAGGUAUAACCCUUCCCCCACAGACCUGAGAGCUGUGCCUUUUCUAUGCAAUAUUACAGACAUUACAUCGGAACCCAGAUGGCUGUAUCCACAUGUAGGUUUGGGCUGUAAUCUAAACAAUUGGACGGAUUAAAUGUACAUGGAAAUGAGCAGUCUUACUUUUGUAGUUUUAUAUUAUACAAUAAACAGUUAAAAGAUGA